AGCGCAUAAAUAACAAGAUUCAUUGCCACUAAACGUCGCAUCAAUGAAACGGACCCAUUUUGACGUUUCAUAUCGCAUCGAUAAUUGUAGGUGGCGUUACUGUCUUCGUGGAAGCGCUCAGUGACCGCCCGCGCCCGGGCCGAGCUAGUUGCUUGCCAUCGACCGGGCAAACCCGCCUUGAAUGAUAAAAAAACACGCGCGAUUACAGCCUACAAUGUCCAAAACCAUCUAUCAUGAAUAAAAAACACAAAACUAAAUCAAAAUGUCGCCGUGAACGCGCGUUAUAGUGUUAAAAGUGCGGAUUUUCGACGCUAUCAAGCAAGGAUCAGAGUGAGAUAGGUGCGCGAAAAAGGAUAGGCUAGAUUAAUGUACCUUGUAUAAUUAAAAUAUGACAAAAUUCCUUGGUGUGUGAGUGCGUGAUUUUUUAAAGUGGUGCUUUUUUCAAUUGGCUUGCAAUUUCGGGCUAAGGAAUAAAUGAAAUAUCCUGUAUCCUGCUGCUGAAAAUAUAAUCCGGCCCUCGAACCAUCCAUUUACACGUUCCUCGAUGUCCAAAGCCAGGAUUUAAUUAAAAAAACAACUGUCAACUUUGGCGCCAAAAAUUGACAGCUAUGAGAGUUUAGUGACGGGGCAAAGACACGGAACUGUGAUUUUGGAAUCAUGUGUUAAGUGAUCGAGUGACGAUUCAAGAUGGCGACGCCUCCAGAGUCCCCUGUAGAGGAGCAUGCGUACGAGUUGGAGCCGAGUCGGACGCCGAAGCCGAUUCCUGUCGCCUUGGAGGAGCUGUGUAGACAGACAAAGUUUUCUAAACAGGAAAUCAGAGUUAUGUACAGGGGAUUUAAAACGGAGUGUCCAGAGGGAGUGGUCCAGGAAGAAUCCUUCAAGGACAUCUACGCGAAAUUCUUCCCCCACGGGAACUCAGCGCUCUACGCCCACUAUGUGUUCAAGGCCUUCGACGUCAACUGCAGUGGCGCCAUCAGCUUUAGGGAGCUUCUAGUGACGCUUUCAACUCUCCUUCGGGGGUCAGUCUACGAGCGGCUCCGCUGGGCCUUCAGGCUCUACGACGUCGAUGGAGACGGUGCUAUAACCAGGCAGGAACUGGCAGAGGUGGUGGUGGCUGUACAUGAGCUACUGGGGAGACGGGCGCCGCCUGGGUCACCUGCUGCGAGGCUGGACGAUGCUAAGGCUAACGAACAGGUGGACCGCGUGUUCAGGAAGCUCGACCUGAACCAGGACGGCGUGAUCACCAUCGAGGAGUUCCUGGAGUCGUGCCUGAAAGAUGACGUCAUCACUCGUUCGCUCCAGAUGUUCGACACGGCACUAUGACGUCAAUCCGACGCAGCGCGCUCGCAACUUGCCGCCAGGACUGAAGCUAAGCGUGAAAGCCCGUCACUCCGCGUGAUCCGUUACUGCCACUGCGCGCGCGCCGACGCCGGCUUCCUGCGCAACAUGGCGGCCGCGUGCCGCCGGCGCGUGCGCCUCUGCGCGCGCUACGUCGGCUUCCUCGACAACUUCUACCACGGGGUCGUCAAGCCCAGGAUACGGAGCGUUUUGUUUUUCCAUUUCUAGAGGGUUAGAGAGCGAGGUCUGAUGUUUGUUGGAUUUCUUAAG